AUGUCCAACAGGGGAGACUGAGCCUGGCCAGAGAUGUGCCCCAAGGGCUCCUAUGCCAGUGGCGUCAGCUUCAAGGUAGAGGCACCCCAGGGGGUGAUGGAGGACGACACGACACUCAGUGGGAUUCAACUGCACUGCUCCCACGGUGGGGACCCCAGUGGUGGCUACAUAGCUGAGUCCCAGAGUGGCAGCACCAUCUUCACUCUUGCCCAUUUGGUGGGGCCACUGGUCAGAGCCCCACUGGUGCCCCCACUGAGAGCACCUGGUGGGCUGCAGGUCCAAACACCCCAGCACAGGCUCCUGAGCGAUGAAGUGGCCACCACCAGUGCCCACUUCGCCUGCUCUGAUGGGCACAUCCUGGAGGGGCCGAUGUCGGCCUGGGGCCAGUGGGGCAGCUGGAGCCCCCAGUGCCCCAAGGCAGUGUGUGGCAUCCAGCCACGGCAGGAGCCUGCACAGGGGCUGAAGAGGGAUGACACAGCCCUGAAUGAUACGCAUCUCUUCUGCUGCCCGUAA